AAGGCACACAGAGCGUUGAUGCUCAGACUCAGAUAAUUGCCAUCUAAGAGGCACUAUGGAUGCUGGAGAAGUGAUUUACACGGUGAUGGAAGUGCUCAUUGCUGUUAGCUGCUGUCUCGGUAACUUGCUGGUUAUCUUGGCUUUGUGGACCAGUAAAAGCAUUCAGCAGCCCACAUACUGCCUCAUCGUGUCUCUGGCUGUGGCUGACUUCAUGGUUGGCUGCGUGGCCAUACCGCUGGCUGUCGUUGUGGACGGACGAGUGGAGACUUCAUUCCACACUUGUCUCUUCAUCAGCUGCGUGGUCAUCCUGUUCACUCUGGUUUCAGUCCUCUCUCUUCUGGCUAUUGCAGUGGACCGUUACCUGCGGGUCUAUAUCCCUCUCAGGUACAAAAGGACUGUAACCCAGAGACAUUCUUAUCUGGUGGUCGCUGCAUGUUGGCUUGGUGCAAUACCACUGAGUUUUGCUCCCAUGCUUGGAUGGUACAACCACAAAAACCUGCCUGAGUCUGUCAAUUCUACAUUUGUCUGCCAGUUUAUAGCCGUCAUCCCCAUGUCGUACCUGGUUUAUUUCCAUUUUUUUCUCUGCACCUUGACACCGCUGUUGGUAAUGACUGCAUUGUACAGCUAUAUCUUCUGUUCUAUUCGAGGAAACCUUCGCGAGAAACCAGGCAACGUUACCCCGAAACAGUCUCAGAACUACCUGAAGAAAGAGAAACAGCUUGCAGGAUCUCUGUCCCUGGUCUUGGCUCUGUUUGUACUGUCGUGGCUCCCUCUCAACUUAAUGAACUGUAUUGUUUACUUCGGCAAGCAGAAUGAUGUACCUGUAGCAGCGUUCUAUGUUGGUAUUUUGCUCUCUCAUGCUAACUCAGCUGUCAACCCAGUUGUGUAUGCAUUCAAAAUACAAAAAAUCAAGGCAGCGUAUCUGAAGAUCUGGACACGGGGUACAUCAUGUGCAGCAGAAAAUCAAAGAUAUCAGUCAAGCCAGACAACAGACAACAAUCCCAGCAGCAACAUGAACAGUGGGACCAACAAUAACUGAAUGCAGAUUUCCUUGUUUGUGUGUCUCUUUGUUCUUAGUGAUCACUCCUUUGACUCAUGACUAAAAAUCUGCCUUGUUGAGCGCACGUAUUGGUGCAUUUUCCUUGACUAAGCAAUACCUAUUCUAUUUAGCUUAUUCAAUCUUGUGUCCUUUCAUAGCUUAUCAGUUGCUGUAAUUUGUGUAAUUUGUAUGUUCACCGUGUGAUAGCUGAGCCCUUUAUUUUUUCACUUCAUUUAGUUGUACUUUUUCAUUUAAUUUCAUGUCAGUCUUUAAGCUAAAUGAGCUAAAUACUUUUUGCACAGUACUGCAUGUCUGAACUCUAUUGGAUGCACAAGAAGAUCAAUAUUCUCAUCUGGCUCUGAGUGAAAUGGAAAACCAGUGUACUCUCCUCAAUGUAUUCUAUUAAAAAUGUAGUUUCAAGCUGA